AAGACAUAAAAAGGCGAAAGAGGACUUGAAGCCUUGCAGUCACUCUUCCUGACAGCCACAUCCACCGCUCUCCUCUCCCCUUCUCCUCACCUUCAGCCCUCCUCUCCACUCAUCUGCUGCAACCCUUCAUUCAUCUGGAACCCUGAGCAUAAUCAGUCCCUCAUCCUCCCCCCUAAUCAGCCCUCAUUAUCAUGAACACCACAAGGAGCAUCCUCUCCAUCUCUGAGGCCCUCUACCACCUGAUCGUCAUGACACUGACACUGGGCCAAGGUGUUUAUUCAAUGCCUGUUCCUACUGACGUCCCCAUGUGCACGGCCUCAGAAACUGCCCAGUACAGGCUAACAUUUACCGGCAAGUGGACCCAGGCAGCUUUCCCUAAACAGUAUCCUGUCUACCGUCCCCCUGCACAGUGGUCAAACCUUAUUGGGGUGACUCACAGCUCUGACUACCACAUCUGGCAGCGUAAUGAGUUUGCCAGCAACGGAGUGAGGGAGUUUGCGGAGAAAGGUGAGGCCUGGAUGCUCAUGAAGGAAGUCGAGGCGGCCGGCGAACGCAUCCAGAGCGUUUAUGGGAUCCUCUCCGCUCCCGCUGUUGUGGGAGGCACAGGCCAGAUGAACACUGAGUUUGAGGUCUUCGCCAGGCACUCCUAUCUGUCGUUUAUCGUGCGUAUCGUUCCAAGCCCAGACUGGUUUGUGGGUGUGGACAGCGUUGACCUAUGUGAUGGCGAACACUGGAAAGAGAAUGUGUCGCUGGAGCUUUUCCCAUACGAUGCAGGAACAGACAGCGGGUUCACCUUCUCUUCUCCAAACUUCGAGACCAUCCCACAGGACAAAAUCACACAGAUCACUUCUUCCUUCCCUAGCCACCCUGCCAACUCCUUUUUCUACCCCCGCCUGAAGCACCUGCCACCCAUCGCCAAGGUAAUGCUGACCAAGAUAAAGAAGACUAAUCAGAUCAUCAGCCUACCUGUGGAGCCCACCCAGUCCAACCAACUGCCAACAGGAAAUGAAAUUGAGGACACACUCAUAAAUACUCCUCUGGACUGCGAGGUGUCACUGUGGUCUCCUUGGGGCUUGUGCAAAGGCAAGUGUGGAGACUCAGGCGUGCAGCACCGCACACGCUACAUCCUAAUGCACCCAGCCAACAACGGAGCAGCCUGUCCCCUGCUGGAGGAAGAGAGAAAGUGCUUCCCGGACAACUGUUUAUGACUAGGCCAGGAAAGGAGGGAGAAGAAAGAGAGGAGAGAUAAGAAAGAGAGGAAAGCCAGGAAAGGGAGGAAGGGAAGAAGAUGGAGAAACAACAAUAAAAGGUCUGCGGUGUAUUCACAUGAGGCAUAAAUAUGAUGAACCGGACUCUCCUCUUUCCUCCCUGGCCAUGCUCUCUUUCUGUGGAAAUGACUAAUGUACUGAUUGACUGUCUGAGUGUUAAAUUGGGAGAGUUACACUGCAAAAAAAGUCUCAUCCUCAAGUCACAUUGAUAGAUCUGAUAGCAAUAGAGAGGUGUAGUUUGGCAAACUAGCUAUUAGACACCAAUUCAGUUUUGGUAGAUCAUCAAAACUGUCUGGGGAGAGAAAAAUGCUGUUUUAAACACAGCCAUUAACGGAAAACCCAUUUCCACAUUAUAAUUGGGUUUGGUUUGACAUUUCUGAACAUCACAGACAUUUGUUUGCCCACAGUGGAUUAUAACUCUAGCAGCUUUCAUCUAGCAGAUUUGGAAAUAAAUCCAUAUAAAUGAUACUUAAGAUCUCAAAUCCCUAUAUCCAAGAAAUACUGAUCAGAAAAUCCAAAUAAUAUCGUCUCCAGUACAAGGGAAAAGAUGAAGCCUCAAUAGGUCCAUUAGAAGGUGUAGUACUAGCAGAAAAGUGAGUCAGACAUAGAAAUUAAUGUACGGUCCUCUAAACUAUGCCGCAUUUAAAAUAAUGUUUACAGAGACAUUGUUGUUGUUUUCCUAAUGACAAAGAAUAUAUUUAUUGACAGGAUUUUAACCUGUAGUGUACAGUAUAUAAAAUCUGAAAGUAAUAAAUUGUAUUCCUUUAUGUUAUUGAGAUAUUAGUUCAAUACAGAAAAUGUUUUCUGUAAAAAUAAAAAAAAAAACUAAAAAUGUACAAAAAAAUGUAUGUUUUCCGUAUGGUCAUUAAAGUGUAAAUAUACCUAA